AUGGAUAAACACUCUUGUCGAAAUCUACUGGGCAGUAGAUUCAGAACACGAUAUAGCUCAGUGCCUAGUCUCGAAAGAAUGAGAGCAACAAUGGCUUCCGGCAACGAGAUCAAUACUUCCCUGCCCAUUGAGGUGGAUCCAUUGGAGGAGAUGGUCCGGGAGCAGUUGGAGUGGAAGUCCCUGGUCCUCUGGCGUCGUCCUGUGCAGACCUUGAAGUAUGGAAGCCUGGAGGCCAGUCAGCUGCUGCUAUCCUUCACCGCCAAGCUGGUGAACCUCUGGCUGGCUGGUUUCCUAAUGCUUUUGGUCAUGAUCUGUCUUCUGCCUGGACCGCAUGAGGAGUUCGUGAUAUUCUGCGCGCAAAGAUUCGGAUUCGCGGUGUACUGGCUGGGCCUGGGAGUGCUCUCAUCGGUGGGCUUUGGCACCGGGCUGCACACCUUCCUGCUCUACCUGGGUCCCCACCUGGCCGCCGUUACUCUGGCCGCCUACGAGUGCCAGACGUUGGAGUUCCCGGCGCCACCCUAUCCCGACAUGAAGGUCUGCCCACCGGAGCCCUACCGGCGACAUCAGCCAGACGUCUGGGAAAUACUAUCGAAGGUCCGGCCGGAGGCACUGCUCUGGGGCGUGGGCACUGCCCUGGGCGAGUUGCCGCCGUAUUUUAUGGCCCGUAGAGCUCGGCUUUCCGGUCAGGAGUUGGACGGACCGGAGGCUGCGAAGGGACUGAGCGGAAACACAAAUAUCCUGAAGCGAACGAAGUUGCUCAUGGAGCGGGUGAUGCGAAGAGUGGGCUUCCUGGGAAUCCUACUUUGCGCCAGCGUGCCCAAUCCCCUGUUCGACCUGGCCGGGAUCACCUGCGGCCACUUCCUGGUGCCCUUCUGGAAGUUCUUUCUGGCCACGCUGAUCGGCAAGACUCUGGUCAAGGCCACCAUACAGCAAAUGUUUGUGAUCGCUUCUCUUACCGAGAAUCUCGUUGAUAAGUUUGUGUCCUGUCUGGGCAAGUUGCCCUUUCUGGGAGCACCCUUGCAGCAGAUCAUCAUGGAGAUUUUGCGCUCCACCAAGCAGCAGAUGCACGGCAACGGAAAUUCCGAUUCCCUGGCCCAUCUUGGCCUGGUUGUGCGAGCCUUCGAGCUGGUGGCCUUCGUCAUGGUGGCCUUUUUCGUGGUCUCCUCGCUGAACUGCCUGGCCCAAAUCCAUUGCAAGCGGCAGCAGGAGAAACAGCGCAAGAUGCGGAACCUGGAGCUGAUCCUGUAUGCCGACCAAGAGGCAUCCUCAUCGGAGGAGUUCACCGUCUAAGCGGCAGUUAAUAUAUUUUGUAUUUCUGAAGGAGAUCAUUAACUUAAUUGUUUUCUUUUCAUUUUGAGUAGAACUUUAUCAUCAUUUUUUGAUAUGUUACUUAAUCCUGUCCCUGUAUUUAUCCGUUUUUAAAUUGAAAUCGUUUAGUUUAUAGUUUAGUUUAUGAUCUGCUUAUAUUAUUUUGAU